AUGCAACAGAGGAAAUAUGAGUCGUUGUCUGAUAAAGAUCACCAAAAUCAAGCGGACUCCAGAACCUUGAAAAGAUUGCAGAAUCAGGCAAGACAGGAUGACGAGCAAUUGGCAAACUACGAAGGGCAAGUUAAUAAUAUAUUUAAGAUUGCAUCAGUUUUACAAAGCGGAAAUGACAAUUCAAAACAGGUGGCUUAUGAGCUUCACGAUAACUUGCAGGAUGAUACCUCCAAGCCUUCAUUGACCUCAGUCACGGCAUUAGCCAUUCAAUUGAACAAGUUGAAGAUAUUGGACACUAAACUACGAGUGGACUCUAUAGAAUUGGCAAAGAAACUGGCGCAAAAGAAGGUGGACAACUUGAAGAACAAUAAUGAAGAGAUAGAAAAUCAGAUUGAUUCAAUACGAUUAAAGAUUUUGAAGAAAGAAUCGGAAAUGAUUACAGAUUAUUCCCACAAGUCAGAAGAGUUGGUGGCAGAGAUUCGUGAUUUUGAAAUGACCAAAAUUACGCAAGUGCAACGCCAAUCCAAGAAGAUUCAAUUUCAACACUUUAAAAUUUUACUCGAAAUAGCGUUGCAAAGGAGGGAUGGUAAAAAGUUGUAUUUCCAUCAUCAACCGAUCUUAAAGCUAGAGGAGUUUCUUGGAUACAAUCUUUUAGUUAUUAACCAAUUCCUUGAAAGACUUGUUGUCUUGCAAAAUCAACUAUCGAUUUUAUUCAACAUCCAACUACCGCAUUCGCGUGUCUUAACAAAGUACCUACCUGAUUCCAAAUUCUACGAUCUUUUGAAAAGAAAAGAGCUGAUGGUUACUGGACAACAGGAUUCGAUACUUGAUGAUGACGCAAUCGAGCAGAAAGAAUCUACGCCUAUGGACAUUGAAAAUGUUACCGGAAAAGUAAUCAAAUUAGGCGAUGCGUACCAACUUCCCUUGUCUUCGAAAACCUUGAAUUACCAACGUCGAGCAGCAAGAUUGACGUCGCCAAUUGAAGAACCGAUUGAGCUCAAUAGCAUCCCUAUAAUCAGGCAAAACAGUUUAAGCUCAUCUGCUACUAGGAAGAUAACUAUUCCUCAUCGAAUAAUCAACAAGCCGUUCAACAAGUUAUCCAUUAAGGACUUUCUCGAGUUUUUGGUGGUGAUUGUGAGGAUCAUUGCCAACUUUCAAGUAUUGUUGGCGAUUUUGGCGAUUGAUACCUCUGAUUUCAACCUUGAAGAUUGGUGCAAUUUUGAAAAAUUAUUAGACAAACUUGUCAGCUUUGAUGAGUCGAAGCAUAGAGUUGAGCUCAAUUCACCGAUUAGCAUGAGAUACAAUCUGAAGACCAAUUCCCAUGAUUUGAUGCAGCAAGUAUACAAGUCGAUAGUAAAGUCGACCUUUGCCCAAAAGCACCACAACAAAACACUCGCAUUUCAAAAUUUGAAUUUCAACAAUUUGUUCUUGAAUGAGUCAAAGACUGGUCAUGGUGACGAUUGGGAUUUAAUAAGUGAAAUCUUGUAA